AUGAUCAGCUCAGUCCAUGUCUCCACCUCCCGCGGCAGCACCCCAGGAAAGCGACCUCCCUCCGCGACAUGUCUGAUCGAGGAGAUGGGCAAGGGCGACGACAACGAUCGCAUCGUGAUAAACGUGGGAGGGACUAGGCACGAAACGUACCGGAGCACCCUGAAGACCCUGCCCGGCACUCGGCUGGCAUGGCUCACCGAGCCCGGCGCCUUCGCCAAUUUCGACUACGACCCCAAGGCGGACGAGUUCUUCUUCGAUCGUCACCCGGGGGUCUUCGCCCACAUCCUCAACUACUAUCGCACGGGCAAGCUGCACUGCCCGGCCGAUGUGUGCGGACCCCUAUACGAGGAAGAGAUCGCCUUCUGGGGCAUCGAUGAGACGGACGUGGAGCCUUGCUGCUGGAUGACUUACCGGCAGCACCGAGACGCCGAGGAAGCUCUGGACAGCUUCGAGGCCCCCGACCUCAACAGCGGCGACGGUGACGGCGGAGGCGACGGGGUCGGGGACUCGGAGGACGAACUGGACACCAAGCGCCUCGCCCUGGGAGACUGCUCCCCCGAAGCUGGGGCCAAAGCUGGCUGGUGGAGGAAAUGGCAACGCCGCAUUUGGGCUCUGUUUGAAGACCCUUAUUCCUCUAAAUAUGCACGGUACUGUGCUUUCGCUUCACUUUUCUUCAUCCUGGUGUCAAUCAGCACCUUCUGCCUUGAGACCCAUGAGGCAUUUAAUCCAAUUGUUAACAGAACAGAGAUUGUAAGGAACGGAAAUGAAACCCGGAUGGAAAUUAUUCAGGAAACUGAAACAGAAGCCUUCUUAAUGUACAUCGAAGGAGUCUGUGUGGUAUGGUUUACUUUUGAAUUUCUCAUGAGGAUCACUUUUUGCCCCAACAAAGUGGAGUUUAUCAAGAAUUCUCUCAAUAUCAUAGACUUUGUGGCUAUUCUUCCCUUCUAUCUGGAGGUAGGACUCAGUGCUUUGUCUUCCAAAGCUGCUAAGGAUGUUCUGGGCUUCUUGAGAGUGGUCCGCUUUGUCCGAAUCCUGCGAAUCUUCAAGCUGACCCGCCAUUUUGUGGGACUGAGAGUUUUAGGACAUACUUUGCGUGCAAGCACCAAUGAAUUCCUGCUGCUCAUCAUCUUCUUGGCACUUGGCGUCCUGAUAUUUGCCACCAUGAUCUACUAUGCUGAGAGGAUAGGUGCUAACCCCCAUGACCUGAGAGCCGAUCAACACACACAAUUUAAAAAUAUUCCGAUUGGAUUCUGGUGGGCCGUGGUAACCAUGACUACACUUGGCUAUGGAGACAUGUAUCCUCAGACAUGGUCGGGCAUGUUGGUAGGAGCCCUCUGUGCUCUUUCGGGCGUGCUGACCAUUGCUAUGCCAGUCCCUGUCAUUGUCAAUAAUUUUGGAAUGUAUUACUCCUUAGCGAUGGCCAAACAAAAAUUACCAAAGAAGAAAAAGAAGCAUAUACCGAGACCGCCCCAGCUGGGAUCCCCCAAUUAUUGUAAAUCUGGUGUAAACUCUCCACAUCACAGUACACAGAGUGACACAUGCCCACUCGCUCAGGAAGAGAUUUUAGAAAUAAACAGAGCAGAUUUUAAACAGAACGGUGAUGCAGCAAAUGCAGCAUUGGCAAACGAAGAUUGUCCUCAUAUUGACCAGGCACUGACGCCUGAGGAUCACCUCCCCUUCACUCGUUCUAACACCAGGGAGAGGAAUGCCAGAGACGGACCCUGCUUCCUCUUAUCAACCGGGGAAUUUGCAUGUCCACCCGAUGGAGGAAUAAGAAAGGGUACUGGUUUUGAAAACUCAAGGAGCCUAAACAACAGAGCUGGCAUGAGCAGAAAUAUACUAAAAUUGCCUUCAGUGUCUUCUUCGCUCUACAGCUCUCCUUGUCCAUUGAGGCAUUCUCCGUCUCCCAUACCAUCCAUUUUAUAG